AGCUAAAGCUCCGACAGUAACCGUUCUGUCAUGUGCUGCUGAGGCUUGAUUCAGGGGUGUUGACGCAACAUAGAAAGUCUGCAGCAAAUCAAGAACAAGUGGUUCGAGACCAACUGCUGAGCCAGCAAAAGUGUUUAGAAAUCAAUACCAUUAAUGGGAAGCAAAGGUUUCACUUUGUGACUGGCGUCCACCCGUAGUCGAGCUGAAACCAGGCCUGACCGGCACACCUCGCAUCACUACAGUUCCAGGAGAAAGUACAAAAUGAAGUGUGUUUCUGGAUUCCUUUCAAUCAUUAUUGCAUUGUUCAUCUCCUCAACAGGGGCUGAAGAUGUGGUUGUGUAUGGUCAGGUGGGAGAGACGGUCACACUCCCCAGAUCAAAGUGGGGUUCAGAAAGGGUGUUGGUACAAUGGUUCUUUGGAAUAGACACACAACCUUUGAUAUCCCGCAACUCCCAUGGUCGAGAGACGAUAGAUCCAGAGUGGAAAGACAGGCUGUCUCUGUCCAAGACGGACUUCUCCCUGAUUAUCAACAAUAUCAGACUGGAGGACUUCAAAUCCUUCAAAUGUGAAUUGAAAGAUUUCAUGCCACAAACAAGUACCUCAGUCACAUUCAGACUGUUCCGUGUGAGUGUACAGCCAGUAUCUCCCCUGUUGGCUGGGAAGAAUCUUAAUCUAAAGUGUGACAUAGAGGAAAUAUUUAAGGGGACACAAAGAAGAUGGCUUAGUCCCCAGAAACAGGACCUGAAUGAGGACAAGCGUGCCCAGAUCAGAAAUGACGGCAGCCUGACAGUAAUGAGUGUCACUGACCAAGACCAUGGAGAGUGGACCUGUGUGGUGACAUACCAGGGCAGGGAAGCCUAUGCCAACACUCAUGUUACUGUAAUAGACCUCUCCCCUGCUCAUCCACAGCCUAUCUACACCUCUGUCUCCUCCCUCUCUCUUCUCCAUCUGCCAUGUUUCUUUUCCAUUCCUCCUCCACUAUCCUGGUCAGACAGCCAGGAGAAGAGCAUCCAGGGAGGCCGCUGGACCUUUACCCCAAGCCCAGCGGCAGGCUCCCUCACUGGGGUCGUCCAGACCCUCGCCAACCUCUCCCUGGGGCCUCCAUUAGCCUGGGUGGUCAAUCAGAAGAGAGAGCUGGAUGUCUCCGCCCUGCAGAGGACAAAUCUAAACCUCUCCCUGUCAAAGAAAGGGGUGACGGAGGGGGACAGGGGCGAGUACACCUGCGCUGUGGAAUUCCAGAGGGGGGACACCCUGAAGAGAAGUAUGCGUGUGGAGGUGCUACAGGUUUUUUCCUCUCCAGCUCCAGUGGCCUUUGUAGGUCAGGAGGUCAACCUCACCUGCACCCUGGGCCACCCUCUGACCUCUGACCUGAAAGUGAAAUGGAUCCCACCACGCCAAUCCUCCCUCCUCGUGUUAGGCUCCGCCCCCGACUCCGCCCAUCUCACCAUACCGGAAGCGAGGGAUAUAAAUGGUGGGAGGUGGAGGUGUGAAUUGUGGAGGAACAAAACCAAGCUGACGUCAGUGGAGAUCACACUGAAGAUCGAGCGAGUCCCCAUGGACGUGUGGCUGUUGGUCACCAUCUGUGGCGCAGCCGUCAUAUUCGUCCUCCUCCUCAUCCUCACUGUCAUUCUCAACCGACGCCACAGACAGCGGGUGACGAUGCCCAGACGUGGCAAACGCAGAAUCUGCCGCUGCAAAGACCCCCAACCAAAAGGAUUCUACAGAAACUAGAGACAUCAUACAGACCGGAAUCCCUGUCAAUGGACAAUGUCUCUACUAUUUUGUCUUAGCUAUUCUAUUCUGACACAAAGAAACACCAAAAGAACAAGAAAGAAGAUGUUUUCAUGUAAUGUUUGAUAAUAGAUUUCACAAGUGUAUAUUAUCAUACUUUAUGACCUAUGAUUGAGCUACAAUUGAACAAAUACUGUAUAUAAAUAUGUAUAGCUACUGUCGCUUUUUAAUUGUUUUUUUUUACUGUACACUGAGUUUACAAAACAUUAAGACCACCUGCUCUUUCCAUGACAUAGACUGACCAGGUGAAUCCAGGUGAAAGCUAUGAUCCCCCUUAUUGAUGUCACUUUCCAAAUCCACUUCCAUCAGUGUAGACGAAGGGGAGGAGACGGGUUAAAGAAGCCUUGAGACAAUUGAGACGUGGCCGAAAGGGCAAGACAGAAAAUGCAAGUGCUUUUGAACCGGGUAUGGUCGUAGGUGCAAGGCUCACCGGUUUGUGUCAAGAACUGCAACGCUGCUGGGUUUUCCACGCUCAACAAUUUCCUGUGUGUAUCGCAGUGGAGGCUCCUCAGAGGACCAAAAUAGAAAAUGGUGAAACAU